AUGACUCACCAGUUGCCAGGCAGACCAGCAGAGCCCAGGGCUCCUCACCUGGGCUCCACCUGGGCUCCGCCUUCCCCCCAGACUCUACCGCGAGGGGAAUUUGGGGAGGGGGGAGGUGUCAGACCCUGCCCGGCGCUGGCCAUGGGGCGAGGGGCGGCAGCUGCGACCGUACCGGUGGCACUGGUGGCACUGGUGCUGCUGGGAGCCCCCCCGGCUGCGGGCGCCGAGCUCUCGGGAGUGUUCCAGGAGAUGGUUAAGACCGAAUGUCAUUUCAUUAACGGCACCGAGCGGAUGAGGUUCGUGAAGAGGUUCAUCUAUAACCGGGAGCAGUACGUGCACUUCAACAGCGAUGUGGGGCACUUUGUAGGGGACACCCCCUAUGGGGAGGAGCUUGCCAGGUACUGGAACAGCGACCUGGAAUGGAUGGAGCACAGACGGGAUGCGGUGGACAGGCACUGCCGGCACAACUACGAGUUGUCCACCCCGUUCCUCGUGAAGCGCCGAGUGCCUCCCACCGUGUCCAUCUCGCUGGUGCCCUCGAGCUCCCAGCCCGGCCCCGGCCGCCUGCUCUGCUCCGUGAUGGAUUUCUACCCUGCCGCGAUCCAGGUGAGGUGGUUCCAGGGCCAGCAGGAGCUCUCUGUGCUGGCCACCGACAUUUUGCCCAACGGGGACUGGACCCACCAGCUGCUGGUGCUGCUGGAAGCGCCGCCCCGGCGCGGGGUCACCUAUACCUGCCAGGUGGAGCACGUCAGCCUGGAGCAGCCCCUGAGCCAGCACUGGGAGAUGCCACCGGACAGUGCCCGCAGGAAGAUGCGGACGGGGAUCGGGGGCUUUGUGUUGGGCUUCAUCUUCCUGGCGCUGGGGCUCGGCUUCUACCUGCGCAAGAAGAGCUCCUGAGCCGCCGCCAGCCACAGCCCCUCCCCGUGGCCUCGGGCCCGGCCAGGACCCCCCACUCUGUCCCUGCGCUGAUUUUGGGGGGCUCGUGUGUCCCCCCAGCCCUGCUGUCACUCUGCCC